GAGAAUAUAACAUAAAAUUUUGAUUUUUUUUGUUCUAUUUGUAAUUGCAAUGGGUGAUGGUGAAAGCGAGACAUUCGAAUUCAAGGUUGAGUCACUGAGCGUUAUAAACAACAAUUUCCAUUUAAACAAAGAAACUUUCUUUCAUGAACUUAUCAACAAUGCUUUCAAGGCUUUGGACAAAAUUCGAUAUGAGAGGCAAACUGAGUUAGAAGCUCAAUUCAUUAGAUUGGUCCCUCAUAAGGUUAACAAAACACUUUCCAUUAUUGAUAAUGGCAUUGGCAUGACCAAAACAGAUUUGGUUCACAAUUUGGGAAGGUCUAGUCAAUUAGGCGUUGGUUUCUACUCCGCUUUCUUGGUUGCUAACAAGGUCAUGGUCACCACCAAUCAUAACCACCAUGACCAAUACACUUGGGAAUCUCAAGGUGGUGCCUCAUUCAUUGUUACCAAGGACUCUAGUGGCCAACAACUCAGGAAGGGAACCAAAAUCACCCUCUUUCUUAAGGAGGACCAGUUGGAGUACUUGGAAGAGACCAGGAUUAAGGACCUUGUCAAGAAACACUUUCAAUUCACUAGUUAUCCCAUUUACCUUUGGACUGAGAAAGAAAAAUUUGUGGAUAUCGUAAGUGAACAGUUUAGGAACCGCAUACCUGAUGAUCUGACAUUCUCUAUUAUGGGGAAAUUGCCUUUAAAAUCUAUUAAGAGAUUUGGCUGUGUUUGUAAAUCAUGGGUCUCCUUACUUGAAAACCCUAAUUUCAUGACAAUCUUUCGCAAUAAUUUCUUAUCUAAUCAUCGUUCUUACUAUGAUGAUACAGUUCUCCUCCUAUGUCAAUCUUUGAACACUAAUAUCACUGAAACUCAUCAUGAGAACUUAUUUUUGCUUUCUGGUGAGAAAUUUCAGAAUAGGGUCAAAUUAGACUGGCCAAAUCUAUUUCAAGAGCAAAAUCUAGCGAAUUCACAUAUAGAUAUUUUGGGUCAUAUCUCCUUCUCUUCUCUGUUAAACGGCUCCAACACUCCCUCCUUCUCUUUUCUGUUAAACGGCUCCAACACUCCCUCGCCGGCCACCACAGCUCCUUCUCCGUUAAACGGCUCCAACACUCCCUCGCCCACCGCAGCUCCUUCUCGGUUAAACCGUUCCAAUAGUCCCUCGCCGUCCACCACACAUCCAGCUGUGUUAAAUCGUUCCAACAGUCCCUCGCCGGCCACCACACAGUUCGUUCGUUUGUGA